GCCAUGGCGGCGGUGCCGGGCGGUCGCCGCUCCGGGCCUGCAGCGGGCGCCCGCUUCUUCUGCACCGCGGGCCGCGGCCUGGAGCCCUUUCUGAUGCGGGAGGUGCGGUCGCGGCUGGCGGCCACGCAGGUUGAAUAUAUUUCAGGAAAAGUUUUUUUCACCACCUGUUCUGACUUGAAUAUGCUGAAAAAAUUAAAAUCUGCAGAAAGGUUAUUUUUGCUGAUUAAAAAGCAGCUUCCAUUUAAUGUUUCUUCUGUAAGUAAAGGAAAAAUAUUUAAUGAAAUGCAGAGACUUACAAAUGAUGAUCCUGAAAGUUGGUUGAAUGCCAUUUCAAUUUGGAAAAAUCUUCUUGAACUUGAUGCAAAAAAGGUAAAACUUUCUCAAAAAAAUGCUAACCCACUGAAAAGAAAAGUGGGAGAAAAUGACAUCAUUGCUAAGAAAUUGAAAACAGCACAAAUGCAAGAGAUACAAGAGAAUAAGGAAUGCCAAAUGGAAAAACAAAUAGAAGAAGAAACACUGGAGCAAGGAAAUUUUACCACUAAAAGAGACAAAUCUCAAGAAGAACUUCAGAACGAUGUAGCAGAAGCAGUUGAUACUCAAAAGCAGAACGACUUAACUUUCAGAGUUUCCUGUCGCUGCAGUGGAGCCAUUGCAAAGACCUUUACUGCACAGGAGGUAGGAAGAGUAAUUGGAAUUGCUCUCAUGAAACAGUUUGGAUGGAAAGCAGAUUUGAGGAAUCCAAAUUUAGAGAUCUUUAUACAUCUAAGUGAUAUUUACUGUGUGGUGGGAAUUCCUGUGUUCAGGGUUCCUUUAGCCAGCAGAGCUUACAUCAAGACAGCAGGACUGAGAUCUACCAUAGCGUGGGCAAUGGCCUCUCUCGCAGAAAUUAAGGCUGGUGCAGUUGUUUUAGAUCCAAUGUGUGGACUUGGAACAAUACUUUUGGAAGCUGCUAAAGAAUGGCCAGAUGUGUAUUACAUGGGUGCUGACGUCAGUGACUCACAGUUACUAGGUGCCUGUGACAAUCUGAAAGCUGCAGGCCUUAAGGAUAAAAUUGAGUUACUUAAAGCCUCUGUGAUAGGUUUUUAACGGGACUCUGCGCAUAAGACGCAAUUUUCUAGAGGAAGCCAAGGGGUGAUUAGACUGAAAUCAAGUUUUCAUAUACCCUAAUUUCUUUAAGAAAGCUAUUUUUUGAGACCUCAAGAAAAAUGGAAUAGCUCUAUAAGUUGUUCCAGAGCAGUGGUUUUUCAUACCCUGUACAAUCUCCAAAGUGCCUAAACAGCAUGAGGAAGGAAGUACUGAUUUGCCCAUCAGAACGUUGCUGCGCUCCCAACUCCACUUUCAUCAGUUCUCAUGCUUGGGGCAUUUCCCAUAAGAUUUCACUUUAAAAUCAAGUAUAACUGCUCAACUGUUAUUAAAAAAAAAUUUUUAAGAAGAAAGUUCUCUAUGACACCAAAUAGCCAAAUAAAUCCUACUUUUUUAAAAGAUCACUCUAACUGCUGUGUUAAGAAGAGACAAUAGUAGGGCAAGGAUUGGAACAAAGAGACUAGUUACAAGACUCUUGCAAUAAUCCAGGUAAGAAAUGGUGGUGGCUUGGGGCAAAGUGAUAUUGGUGGAGGUGUUAAGUAGAGGUCAGAGAUAUGUAUAUAAAUUUUCUGAAGGUAGAACCAACAGGAUUUGCUGAUGGAUUAACUAUGAGCAAAAGAACAAGGAUGACUGAGCUUUCUGACUUGAGCAGCUAGAGGGUGGAGUUGGGGAAAACUGCAGGCGGAACAAGUUGGAGUUUGGGGCCUGUUCAGUUCCACGUGAUGAUUAGAUACCACAUGGAGAAGAUGUCAGUGCAGUAGGUCAGUAUACAGACCUGGAGUUUCUUAAGGGAGAAGAUAGACAUCCCUAGUAUAGAUAACAUUUAAAUCCAUGAGAUCACCUAGGAAAUAAGUACAAAUAGAGAAAAGAGAGGCUUUCUCUGAGGAUGAGGUGCUUAGAGUUCUGGAGGGUGAGAAUCUAGUAAAGGAACAAUCAGUGAUGAGAAGGUAAGAGAGAAUCUGAGGAAGAACCAUCAGCUGUGUCAGAUGCUGCUGGGCAGUGAAGCAAAAUAUGACCUGGCUGUUUCGGUGGAGCAGCGGGAACGUAGACCUGCCCGCCUGAGUGGGUCCCGGAGAGAACGGGGGAAGGUAGCCUGCAGACGGCUGGCCCUGGUCGUUCUUUUGGGCAGUUUGACUGGUAAGGGGAGCAGAGAGAUGGGGCAGUAAUAGAAAGUGGUGAGAUUAGGGAUCAAGCAGGGAUUUUUUGAAGAUAGAAUUCACUUUUUUAAAAAAAGUACAACAUGUUCUUAUGCUAAAGAGAAUGAACAGAUAAACAGGAGAAACUCGACAGUGUAGGAGAGAGAGAAUUGCUCAUCUGAUACACUCACAGCCCCCAAGAAAGGAUGGGACGCAGUGCACAAGCGGCAGGACGGGCACUCCUGGUGACGGGAAGGCAGAGCGCAUGAGGAUGGAAGUUGUAACAGGUCACACCAGACCAGGUGUGGCCACUGUAGUGCACAUUCCCUCAGCCUUUGUUGAGGCUGGAUAUUAUCGUUCUAUUACGAUUUUUUAAACUCUUUACAAAUCUGGUAAAAUAUUGUAAAGUUUACCUUUAAUUACUAGUGCGAUAAACCCUUUUUCACUUUAUGUCAUUUGUAGAUUUUUCUUUUGUGAAUUACUGGUUUUCAAGAUAACUUUCUGGAGGAAAGAAUAAAACAUCUGUUUUAAAUUAUUUUAACAUCACAGCCUUUUAAUAUUAAAAGUCAGUCUAGGGGGAUUAUAUAUCUUGUGUACAUAGGGGCCAAUAUUAACUAUUUAAUAAGUACCCCUUCGUUGCAUGCCUCUACUUUAGAGGUGGACAUUCUAGCUAGAUACAAGUGUUUAUUUUCUUUUUUUUUUUAACAACUUUAUUCGAGUAUAAUUGCUUUACAAUGGUGUGUUAGUUUCUGCUGUAUAACAAAGUGAAUCAGCUAUAUGUAUACAUAUAUCCCUAUAUCCCCUCCCUCUUGCGUCUCCCUCCCACCCUCCCUAUCCCACCCCUCUAGGUGGUGACAAAGCACCGAGCUGAUCUCCCUGUGCUAUGCAGCUGCUUCCCACUAGCUAUCUAUUUUACAUUUGGUAGUGUAUAUAUGUCCAUGCCUCUCCCUCACUUCGUCCCAGCUUACCCUUCCCCCUCCCCGUGUCCUCAGGUCCGUUCUCUAUGUCUGCAUCUUUAUUCCUGUCCUGCCCCUAGGUUCCUCAGAACCAUUUUUUUUUCUUUUAGAUUCCAUAUAUAUGUGUUAGCAUAUGGUAUUUGUUUUUCUGUUUCUGACUUACUUCACUCUGUAUGACAGACUCUAGGUCCAUACACCUCAUUACAAAUAGCUCAAUUUCGUUUCUUUUUAUGGCUGAGUAACAUUCCAUUGUAAAUAUAUGCCACAUCUUCUUUAUCCAUU